CAGUCCAGUAGGUGGCGGUAAUGCACCUUCUCGUUGGUUUGCCAACCGCCAAUAAACACCAUAGAAGAAGAAGAAGAACAAGAAGAAGAGAGAAAACAAAUUCCCCGGGUAACAAUACUGGCUGCAUUAUCUUUGAUCUUCAAACUCUCAAAAUAUGAAACUUUCUCUGUUGCAAAGGAACGUAACUUGACCCUUUUGACAGCUGAAGAAGUCGCUGCCUGUUAAAUUGUUAGUCUGAUAUUAACGGUGUAUGGUAUAUCCAAUAACACGUAUCCAAAGUUAGCUCUGUCAACAUUAGCAUCCGUGCUAACAUAACAUGAUUUCUCUGACAGGUAGGAUGAAGGUGAAGAUCCGGCAGUGGAGCGGUGUGGCCUCUUGGCUUUGGGUCGCUAACGAUGAGAACUGUGGGAUCUGCAGGAUGCCUUUUAAUGGCUGCUGCCCGGACUGUAAGUAACCAGACUAACAAUCUGUAAUAGGUAGAGUUAAUACAAGUAGGCCAUGUGUAACGAUAACACAUGUAAAAUGUAUUUGACAUUUAUUGACACUACUAGUGAACACUACCACCUACUCAAACAGUGUGUAUUGCACACUGCCUGACAAUAUUGUCAUUCCAGUAACAAGGUAUUCAUGCACACCCUCUCUAUGCCAUAUGACUUAAAUCACGCAAUACUGCUUUGAGAUCAAAUUCUAUAUCAUUAUUAAUCAACUCUGACCUAUUCUUGCUGAGGAUUCAAUUGGUUUCUUUAAUGAGAGGAAACUCUAGCUCAAAAUUCUGUGAGUUAUAUGUGCUGAGAGCAAGACUAUCACAACCAUCAACUGUCUCCCCUCCCAAAAACAUGUUCCUUUUACCCAGCACAAAACUUUGAAUGAUAGAUUCAAAGUUAAACAUAACUUUGCUGUAGUCUUGACAGUUGAGAGCUGUAUAUACAAAACUCAAUUCCAUUUAAGUUGAGAAAUUGUGAUAAACGUUAAUAAAAACAGAAUACAAUGAUUUGCAAAUCCUUUUCAACCUAUAUCCAAUUGAAUAAUCCACAAAAACAAGAUAUUUAACUUUAUUUUUUUUUGCAAAUAAUAAUUAACUCAGAAUUUCAUGGCUGCAACAUGUAACAAAGAAGUUGGGAAAGGUGGCAAAAAAUACUGAGAAUUUUGAGGAAUACUCAUCAAACACCUAUUUGGAACAUCCCACAGGAGAGCAGGCUAAUGGGGAACAGGUGGGUGCCAUGAUUGGGUAUAAAAGCAGCUUCCCCAAAAAUUCUCAGUCAUUCACAAGCAAGGAUGGGGCGAGGUUCUCCACUUUGUCAACAACUGCAUGAGCAAAUAGUCGAACAGUUUAAGAACAAGGUUUUUCAAAGUACAAUUGCAAGGAAUUUAGGGAUUUCAACAUCUACGGUCCAUAAUAUCAUCAAAAGGUUCCGAGAAUCUGGGGAAAUCACUGCACGUAUGCUGCACAGCCAGAAACCAACAUUGAAUGCCUGUGACCUUCACUCUCAGGCGGCACUGUAUCAAUGACUGACAUCAGUGUGUAAAGGAUAUCACCACACGGGUUCAGGAACACUUAAGAAAACCACUGUCAGUAAAUGCAGUUUGUCGCUAUAUCUGUAAGUGCAAGUUAGAACUCUACUAUGUAAAGCGAAAGCCAUUUAUAAACAACAUCAGAAAUGCUGCCGGCUUCUCUGGGCCCGAGCUCAUCUAAGAUGGACUGAUGCAAAGAGUAAAAGUGUUGUGUGGUCUGACGAGUCCACAUUUCAAAUUGUUCUUGGAAAUAGUGGAUGUCGUGUCCUCCGGGCCAAAGAGGAAAAGAACCAUCCAGACUGUUAUCGACGCAAAGUUCAAAAGCCAGCAUCUGUGAUGGUAUGGGGGUUCAUUAGUGCCCAAGGCAUGGGUAACUUACACAUCUGUGAAGGCAGCAUUAAUGCUGAAAGGUACAUGGAGCAACAUUUGCUGCCACCCAAGCAAUGUCUUUUUCAUGGACGCCCUUCCUGCUUAUUACAGCGAGACAAUGCCAAGCCACAUUCUGUACCACCAAAGUGUGACUGUGUGAGCGAAUGAAUGAUGUAUCCAAUGUAAAGCGCUUUGAGGGUCUCUGAUAAAGCGCUAUAUGAAAUCUGAUGCAUUAUUAUUAUUAUUAUUAUGUUGCAGCAGUGCGGGUACUCGACUGGCCUGCCUGCAGUCCAGACCUGUCUCCCAUUGAAAAUGUAUGGCGCAUGAUGAAGCGUAAAAUACGACAACGGAGACACCAGACUAUUUAACAACUGAAGCUGUACAUCAAGCAAGAAUGGGAAAGAAUUCCACCUUCAAAGCUUCAACAAUUAGUCUCCUCAGUUCCCAAAUGUUUAAUGAGUGUUGUAACAAGAAAAGGUGAUGUAACACAGUGGUAAACAUGCCCCUGUCACGUGUUGCGGCCAUGAAAUGAGUUAGUUAUAAUUUCCAAAAAAAAAAGUUUAUGAGUUUGAACAUUAAAUAUCUUGUCUUUGUAGUGUAUUCAAUUGAAUAUAGGUUGAAAAGGAUUUACAAAUCAUUGUAUUCUGUUUUUAUGUACGUUUAUCACAAUUUCCCCACGUCAAUGGAAUUGGGUUUUGUAUAACUCCUAAAUAAGUUAUCGUGUCAUUACUUUGUCAUGGGUACAGAAGCCCUGUGCAUGUGUGCAGACAUGAACACAUAGUUAUUUCCUCAGUUUUCCCUCCAUAAUGAGCAUUUUUCUGUUUGAGAUUUUGACAACGAUUCGGAAUAAGUCAGAGUUAUAAUUACAAAAUCCUCAAUAAUAUCCCAAACAUUUCCGUUUGAAACCCCUACUUGAUAUGAAUUGCAAAAAGGUCAGCUGUAAAACAGUUUUGGUCUUUUGAGGUGGAACUUUAAAUUCUGUAGCCCGACAUACCCCAGCUUUAGUGUUUAGGGAGGGAAAAUUAGGCUCAAGACCUGAAUGCAGUUGUGAGUGAAAGUCAGGGCACCCCUUUAAAAAAAACAUAGUUUAUUUAUUAAAAAAUUAACGUUGAUAUUUAUAGUCUCUCUCGUAAAUAGGAAAAAAAGACAAUAUUAUGAGAAAUCAUUAAUGCACAGUUAUUUUUUAUUUCAUAAAAAGUACAAAAUUACAAAAAUAAAACUCAUCUUUUUGGCAUGUGCAAAUGUCAGGGCACCCUGAGAGCUUUAAAGUGUCUGGUCUUUAAAGAUUCUUUUUAGAAGCUCAGACUUUCACCAGCUCGUUAGUCCUGAAGCAGGUGUCAACAAUUCUCAUCAGGGAGCUCCAGCUGGUGUCAGUUUAAGAGGUUUCAACUCCACAAACCUUGUGCAUUCAUCCAGAAACCAUGGGUUCCCCUAAGAAGCUGUGUAAGACAGAAAAAGCGUUUACAAGCUGUGAUAUCUGCCAGAGGGGGUCUUACGAAGUACUGAAGGUACUGAUGCUAAAGGGUGCCCUGACGUUUGCACAUGCCAAAAAGAUGAUUUUUAUUUUUGUAAUUUUGUGCUUUUUAUAAAAUAAAACGUAACUGUGCAUUAAUGAUUUCUGAUAAUAUUGUCUUUUUUUCCUAUUUACCAGAGAGACUUUAAAUAUCAAGGUUAAUUUUUUAGUAAAUAAACUAUGCUUUUUUUCACUCACAACUGUAUACAUGGUGCAUCACAGUCUUAAUAAUUAACAUUGAUAUUUAAACCACAUUUUUAAACCAAUCAAAUGACCUUAUGGAUGGAAAACUGUAUCUAAAGCUUUGUCACUAUUAUCGUUUAUAUGGGAUCAAACUUAACAGUACUGUGACAGAACCUCAAAUGCUUGGUCAGUAAUCACAGAGAAAAAGUGAUUUAGUACUGUGCGGUGGAGGAGGGUGAUUAUUACAGGCAGCUGUAAUCCUUGCAGGAAAAGUACUAAGAAGGGCAUUGAUAUUUUAAGCAGAGUAAGCAAAUUUCAAAAACUACAUUAAAUUAUUAGUGAAAUAAAUAUACAGUAUAAAGGGCAAAAACAGAUGGGAAACACCAUGUCUUGCUUUGAAGAAGAGGGUUAUUAUAAACAAAUGGAAAAACUUGUUUGCAUUUUAAAGUCAGAUUUUGAAGAAUUUGAGGAGUACAACAUCAGAGUCAAAUUCAUUUUGGAGUGUUGCGGUUGGAGUUUUUAUCAAAUUUUUGUGAAAACAAAAGGAAAUACAAAAUAAAAAGCCUUAAAGUGUUGUCAUUCCAGCCAUUUCAUUUUCUUCGACAAGUUGUGACAGCUGCAGACUUUGUUGCAUUUACUUUUAAGUGUUGAAUAAAUUGGUAGGAGUAGUUGUGAAAAUAUCUGAGAAAAGCAAUAAUGAUAAAACUGACAAUUGAAUGUCAGAAAUAGUGAAACUAAUAGAUGAGGACAAACUUGUCUGUCUUUGUGGAUAAUUGCCUUUUUGUUGAAAAUUAAGAUCUAAUUUACGUGGUGUGUUUUCAGUGGGCAUACAUGAUAAGUCAUCCUAGUUUUAAUCCUAUUUUGCAGGUAAGGUCCCUGGAGACGACUGCCCACUGGUCUGGGGUCAGUGCUCUCAUUGUUUCCACAUGCACUGCAUCUUAAAAUGGCUGAACUCACAGCAGGUCCAGCAGCAGUGCCCCAUGUGCAGACAGGAGUGGAAGUUUAAAGAAUGAGGACGAGUGUAGGCAGGGCUGCUGAUCCCCUGCCGAGACUCAGAGGGAAAGUUUCCCUCACAGAGACCCGUUGAUGGACACCACUUUUAUACCAGCUGUAAAUAAACAUGUUUUUGUAUGUUCCUUAAAGACCGAUUUAGUAUGUGCUAAUAAAUGAAAAACAUGACAUGCACUGUAUUCCUCUUUCGUGUAAAGGUACAUGCGUGUGAUAUGUUGUUCCAUCAGUAUGGCUGAUUGCUCCAGGACUCUGGCAGCAGUUUGAAAGAAUUUGACCUGGAUUUCAAUGUGCUGCUGAAUGUUUCAGACUCUAAUCCUUCUUAAUGAGUCUAACUACAUUAUUCUGUGUUUCACAGUGAUGAACCACAAGAUGCUCUGAAUAGGAAGUUUCAACUUAACUCAAAUUGAGUUUAAUGUUUUGAUUUAGAUUAUUUUGCUUCUAUAUAAGUUCAGCAGUUUUUGUAUCUUUUAAAGCUGCGCUAAAAGACUUUGGGGCAUCAGGGGAAAUGGACCACGUUUAUAACACAAGAAACAAUCCUCAAGUUUUUACAUAUUCAACUGAUAAACUGCUUAAGUUGAGGAUACCUUAUGAUUGGAUGCUUAAAAUUAAUAUGAGAGAUCAGGUCAGCUGAUGGAUGAUAAGUUUUAAAAGGUAAAUAUUUUGGUUGAAGUGUCUAAUGAAACUGGUCAUGUUCACAAGUAACAAAUAUUAUUUGGAUUUGUAAUUGAUCCAUAGAUAAAUACAUUACAAAAGCAGCCUUUUCCAACAUUUUUAUGGGAAUGUUACAGCAAGUGAAUCAUUUCACCCUUUAUAACAAAGAAAUUGGGGAUUAAUUUUACUUGCAUGGGUACAGGACAGGAGAAAAGGGAUGUCACUUUGUCCACAGGGGGGCACCAAAACCAUCUAAAACCAAAAGGUCUUUGCAGCAGCUCUCAGUAGUGUCUGCUGACUUUUGUCGAAUGCAUCAUUGAUUGUUAAUACCAUAUACAGACACUGUACUUGGCUGAUGCGUACCCCUUACAUUCUGAAAAUGUUGAAGUUUUUGUACACAGAGUGGUGAACCUCUACCCAUCUUUAUUUCCGAGAGAUUUAGCUUCUCCAUAAAGCCUUUUUCAUCCCCACUCAUGUUACUAACUUGUUGCACAUAGACCCAGUGUUUCCAGGGGAUGUUUCUCUUUAGGUUUUUCUGAUCAUGACAUAACACUUUUUCAGUAUUUUGUUGUCCUUGUCUCAACUUCUCUAAAAUAUGUGGCUGGCAUCACAUUUAAAAUUAGCAUAUGUUAUCCAUAACACAAUGCCAUUUUCAUGUCAAUGAGAUACAGUUUGUCUUUGCUCUAUUUUUAAUCAAAGUGUUUAAAUGAUUUGCAAAUGGUUUAUUUAUGGCUUACACAGGAUCACAACUUUUUUCAAAACGGGUUGUAUUUUUGAAAAAUUCUGGGGGUGAUAUGCAAGCGUUUGGUCUGGAAGUUGUAGCUUUCCCAUGAAAAACUAAAUGUCUAAACUGCCUUCUUACACCAAGCCUCACAGCUUUUUCAGGCAUCAAAAUUAUAAAACAGAAAUUGCCAACCUUGUUGCUGAUGGUCUCGAGAUCAUUUGUAGCUCAUUAAGAGGAAUAAUUGUAUAAUAACUUCAUUCUGUAGUAUAACCAGUUACAUCCAGUCAAAAUAACUCCUCAGGGGAGCUUCAGUAUUUGAAUUUAAAGCAAGAUAGUUUUCUAAACAUGAGUAAAUAGAUUUUGUCUUAAAUUAUGGUAAACCACGAAGCUUAAUUUUUUGCAUGAGCAAAACUGAAUUAAAUCUGCUAAAUAAAUAGAUAAAUAAA